AUGGUCCACGUCGUCAAAGCAGAUCUCACCCGCCAAAUCCCCCUUCUAACCCUGCAAUUGUCUGGCGAGGUUCAACGAUCCAUCCACGAGGCGCUGGGUUCUGGUUCUGAAUACGUUGAAUUAAACGUCUUCCCAAAGCUUCUGCGCGUCGUGGCCAUCGUCUCGGGUCUCGCGUUCGUGGGCCCUGAUAUGUACCGCCAAGAGGAGUAUAUCACCAACAGCAUCACUUUCACAGUGGACCUCUUUGGCGCCAUAGCAAAAUUGAAGGCCUGGCCGAAUUGGGGUCCCUUGAGAGCGAUUGCUGCUCGCUUUAUCGCUCCGGUCAAGAGACUCCACCAGCACCGACAAAAAGCGUAUGAUUACUAUAUCCCCCGAAUUCAGGAGCGGCGGAAGACGACAUCAGGCCAGGACGCUAGCGAGAAGCCCAAGGAUAUGCUCCAGUGGCUCCUCAACAAAGCGGACGAGUUCGGCGUCAAAACGGAUGAGGAGAUUGCUAUGGUUUUGAUCCUGCUUGGCGUCGCAGCCAUUCAUACAACAACGUUGACCGUGGUCCAUAUACUUUACGAUCUCAUCGGUCAUUGCCCGGAGGUUAUUCCUGAUCUCCGCAAAGAAAUUCAGGCUGCAUUGGACGGCCAUGGUGGAAGGAUCACAUCCGAAGCCCUAUACAAGAUGAAACUCUUGGACUCAGUCAUGCGUGAAUCUGCAAGGCUCAAUCCGACCAACGUCAUGAGGAUGCAACGCAGCGUGUUGCAGUCGUUCCAACUAUCAGACGGAACGGUGAUCCCUGCGGGUGUCGACAUCGCCGUGCCCGCGCUGCCGGUCAACCUGGACGAGGCCAAGUACCCCGACGCGCUGCGUUUCGACCCCUACCGAUUCGUCCGUCUGAGGUCUGGCGAGAAGCCCGACCCUAAUGGUUAUGCAAGCCGUGAGCUCUACCAGUUCAUUUCCGUGACCAAGGAGAACAUGGCCUUUGGGUUUGGGAAGCCGGCCUGUCCGGGGAGGUUCUUUGCAGCGGCCGAGAUCAAGUUGAUACUCAUCUCCAUCUUGAGAGAUUAUGAUCUCAAGAUGCCAGGUGGGCUGGAGGGACGGUAUGCGAAUAAUGUCCGUGGGACAUCCAUCUCGCCAGACUUUAGCAAGACCAUCGUGAUCCGUAGAAGGGCCGAGGUCUGA